AUGACAUAUUCCGAGCACAGCUAUGUAUCCACUUCCACGGCCUCCAUGGAGGACGAGAGCAAAGAGAGCGGAAGGGAAGGGACGUCGUUGGCAGCUGUUUGGGAACAUAUCGUGAAAACGAAAUCACUGCCAGAUGGAUUGAAUUUGGACGACUUUUUUCGGACCAUUCACGAAAGGUUAAGGAAUCCCGAAUGGGAAGUCCGUCAGCAUUCCUUGAGGUUAUUGGCUGAUACAAUACCGCUGAUUCCGGCCAAUCAACUCGAGUAUUAUGUGAGCUCUGUAUUAAACAGUCUGAUUGCCAAUUUGGGACAUCUCGGGCCGGCAGUUCGAAAGGGAGCAAUCGAUAGUUUGAGGGCUUAUAUAAAAUGCACACAGAAUCCGGAUGAAGUCAUUGUGAAUUUAAUAGAUACAGGAGUUGACAGAUCACAAGAGAAUCGCGUUCAGAAUAACGUGGUCUUAGGUAUAAUCAUAAGUAUACCUUACAUACUUAACAACAAGUUGAAAGAUGAUACUUUGUUGUACACCAUUCACAAGCUACUGGAUAAAAUAGUUAAAGUGGUCCACCAGGAAACCGUGGUUAAAUCCUUGUUGAGGAUUAAAGAGGUAGUUGGUAAAGAUUUCUUCGAUUUUGCAUUGACAUCUCAUCCAAGCUACAAUUCUCUUAAAGACUUCGAAAUGCUUUGCGAAGUCUAUGACUUGCGCGGAUUCAAAUUCACUAAGCGAAAGGAUUCAGAAGAAUUGCGCGUUUUCAACUACGACGAGGAUAAAGUAAUAUUGGAAACUGAAAUAAAACUGGAUUCGGGCUCCGCAAUCACCAUGAAAAUCCAUGAAGAAAAAAUCGAUGAGGAUAACUGCGCUACGUUUCAAGUGCUACCAGAUGACGAAGAACCUGUGAGAAGAACGCCGCGUCGCGUUAGAUUCGGAGGUGAAAUCGUAAAAUUGAGGACACCCGAUAGUGACAGUAAUCUUCAGAGUGAUAGUGAAGUAAUUAGAAGUGAUGGUGAUUCGACCGUGCAAAUAGAGUAUAUUGAGAAGGAGAUUAAGACUACUAAAAGUUUGAUCCCUGUUCCAAUUAAGCAGACCAGAUCAGCUCCGAGCAGUCCAGCUCGAACUAACCUCAAGAAAUCCAAAGUGUUUAGAUCUUCACCUAAUAUUCAAUCGCCGAAAGUCUACACAAGAUCUCGAAUUCCCAUUAAGCAGGGAAGAACUGUGGAAACUCAGAUACAAAUCAGAAUACAUGAGAAUCCAAAGAAGAAGUGCGAAUCUGAGUCUUUGAGAAGGAGGAAUUUGGAGAAGAUGGGAGCUGUGAGGACGAGGCGUAACAGUAGAGAGGAUGAAUUCAGUCCGACGCCAAUUCAUCACGAAAUCCAAGUUUUGCACAAUUUAACUCGAAGUCCUUCACCUUCUCGUGGAAAACCUGUAAAUAAAUUUGAAGAGGAUUUUAAGAAAAGGGAUUUAAAAGUUGAUAAUGUAACAGUUAAUAGUGAAAAUGAGGCGGUAAAUAGUUUCAUAACUUUUCCGACUGAUGUAAGUAAAACAUGUGAGGAGGAGAAACGCUCAAAAAAGCCGGCGCUUCCGAAAGAGCCAAAAGCACAAAAUAUAGUUAUCAUAGAGGAUUCAGUGGCUGCACCGAUUGAAGAUAAUUAUUUGAAAGUUCCCGCUGCGAAAUCAAAGGCAAAAGCAGUGGACGAGUUCAAGAGCUUCCACGUUUGCCAGGCGAAAAACGAAUCUCCGAUUCUGAACAAGGAUGGGGGUGAUUGCCUGACAUGUUCCAGUUCCGGAAGCGACGCUGAUGCAUGGUCUAAAUCAACAUCCGUUGAAGGAACGAUCCUGGAAGAUCUCCAAAACACGGACGAUCUGAGAUCCAGAUUGCGUGCUCUGGAGCGACUCAAUAGGAUCAGCAAAACUCCCGAAGGUCUCGAAGUCCUCGAAGGAAAGCUUGCUGUGCUUCUGGGAAUCUUAUUUACCGCAGAACAGCAACCGCUCUUGCAGAACGCGGCUGAGCAAAUCUUCGAUACGAUAUUCAGCAACGUAAAUCAACAGAUAUUGCAGCAAAGGCUACACCAGAUUUGCUUGAGUUUAAGCCGAUUGGGAUCACCGAAUGGGAUUAGAUUGGCGAUUUUGUUGAUGAAGAGAAUUCCACCCGGAUUGUUGGUGGAUCAGCUGUUAACUGACGCGAUUUCUGGAGCGAAGAGUUCGAAGGUUCGUGAAGGAGCUUUGCAGAUUUUGAUGACAAUUAGCAGAAUCUAUCCGAGCACGGAAAUAAACAUACCUAAAGCUACUACGGUGUCUGUUUUGGCUCUUAAAGACAAGAAGAGGAAAGUCAGACAAGCCGCUUUGGAGACUUUGGCAACUUUGGCACAAAUAAGUUCUACCAAAGACGUAUUGACCAUAGCGGAUCAAAUGGCUCAAACCGAUAAAGAAAACGAAGAAAUCUCGAAAAUCUUGAGGAUAAGGUUAUCGCGAAAGCAAUUACCAACUGUGCAUAUGAACGGGGUUGUUCGAUAUUCGACGCCGCAAUCUGAUUGCGAAAUCCAUUGGUUGUGUCACGGCAGUAACGGGUUUAAUAAUCUGGAUGAAAGUGGGAAAAGUCGUCGACGGUUUUACAGCGCUCAAAAUACCGAAAAGCUUACAAAUUGGAGACGCGACAAGAUUUCUUCCGCUACUUAUAAUACGAAAGAAAGUUCGGAAUCGGAAUCAAAUUCGGAUCAUCAGAGAUUCGUUAAUGUCGAUAGGUUCAUUAAUGUGUCUCCUAGUGAUAAUUGGAAGCAGGAUUUGAAGCUGAAGAGAUUGCAGUUUUCGGAGAGUAAACAGGAGACGGAAUGUUUGACUAGCUCUCGGGAUACGGAAAACUGUGGUUGGACUGAAGGGGAGAAGCCCAGUUUUUGGAUAAACGGGGUGGAAAAUGGGGAGAGUAUUGAGAGGAAGAAUACAAGUGAGGAGACGGAUUCAGUUAGUUCCGGAUCUAAUCAGAAAGUGAAUUAUUGGCGCAUUAAUAAAAGGCAUCACUCGACUUUAGACGAAGGCGACAGCGAUUGGUCUCAAUCAAUUAAAGAAGAUCCUUUGGCAAGGACGUCCACUACACAGGUUUGGGCGAUUGACCCUUCCGUUUUUGGGACUGCUGAAAAGGUUUCAACCACAAAUGGCACUUUGCAUCAAAUGCUUAUCGUCAAUGGUAAUGCCACGAAGAAAACUGCUUCCACGAAUACUACAGCACAAAGUUACCGCGAAGGAGCUACGAACACAUCUCCGAUAUUUAAGAGACGUCCUAGAGGACGAUCGUUCUCACCACCAGAACCUCAGACUACCACAUCCAGAUUCAAUGGCGUCAUGCGAUGGCAAUCUGCUGAAAGUGAAGAUUAUGAACAAAUCAGGAAGAGUUAUAGCAGCGAUCAUUUAACUGCCAGAAGAGCUAUACAAAGGGACACUGAAUCGGCAUCUUCAUCAAGUUCGUCGAUGAGACAACCUGGAAAUUGGUAUGGCGAUUUCAGAUCCGGAAUUCCGGUUCCCGUCGCUGAAGACCGGAAGUUUAGGAUACGACAUAGGAAAACUCAGCACCGACAUAAAGGACCCAUGACGAUACCUUAUCGAUACAUCGUGAAAUCACCGAGUCCACUCUCCACGCCGGAAAAGAUUAUUGCUAGACCUGAGCAGGAUAACAUCUUGGAUCGACAACCUCAAUCAUCUGGAAGUGAAUCUUCCGGUUACUUCACGCCACCGCCGGAACCGGAAAUUGAAGAGCGCGCUGUCACUCCACUGUCCAGUCCCAAGGAGUCGACACCUGUCAUUUCACUGCAAUCAACCCCGAGCAAGGAUAAUUCCUCCGAUAUAACGCCUAUUCCAAGUCCCAUCGAAAGUCCUAAAAGAGAUGUCACACCUACGCCAAGUCCAAAGCACCAUUUCCCCUCCCAACCAGCGACGCCGAAGAGGAUUUUCAAGAGACACGCGACGUCUACUAGUUUGGACGAACUUGCAUCCACCAUCAAACCAAAUCCUUUGAGUGCAAUGAGCAGUUUCGAUGCCGUCGAUUUCACGCACAUCACCUUCUCCGAACAUCGAGAACUCUCCAAAUCUGAAGUGGACAUCAUCAUCUCCACGCAAGUUAUCAGGAAAACCACGAACUCUGCUCCAAGUUUAAACGAGAUUCCGAAGACGAGUCAGGAACCCGAACCUGUAUUAUUACCAGGAUCGAUACCAGACCCUGACCCAGAACCAGAACCGCAAUUAGAACAAGAACCAGAAGUUAUACCUGAACCGGAACCAGAACCUGAAAUACAGGAAGUAAUUGUUCAACAGCCGAAACCGCGAUCGUUGGCCACAGUUUCUGCGAAGAAAUCAUUAUCCUAUCGCCGAAAAUGCAAAUCGACAAACGUAAACGUAGUGAGUGAUCACGUUUGUCCAUUCGCAAAACCGAAAGAGGCUCUGAACGAAGUUAUUUCGCAACUGGAGAGCACUGAAUGGGAAACGACGAUGAAGGGUUUGCAGGACUUCGUACGCUUGAUUAAGUUCCACAAAGAACUCGUUGAAAAUAACAUGCACAACUUGUGCGUUUUACUAAGUAGACAUAUACGUAACUUGAGAUCUCAGGUGGCAAGAAGUGCUUGUCUAGUUACAUCUGAGUUGUUUAGUAUGAGCCGAAGACCAGUUGAGCUGGAGUUGGACGAGUUGGCUUCAGCGCUCCUUCAUAGGACGGCCGAUACCAACAAGUUCUUGAGGACCGAUGCGAACGCCGCUUUGGACAAUAUGAUUGCAAAUCUAUCCAUACCGAAGGUCGUUAAUGUCAUUUCACAUCGAGGCUGCAAUCAUCAGAAUGCCGUAGUUCGCUGCGCCUCCGCAAGACUUCUAUGCCAUAUCGUUUCAAAGUUAGGCGCGGAAAAGAUCUUCCAAUUGCCGAGAGACACAAGGGAUAAAAUUUUGUUGGCAGGCGCCAACUUGCUGAUGGAAGGAAGCUUGGAAACAAGGAAACAUUCGAAAAUGCUUUUGGGUCAACUGAGUGGACACAGCCAGUUCCAAAAGGCCUUGACCGAAGCCGUACCCUCCAGUGUAUUGAGGCACAUCGAUAAGACGUUAAGGACGAUAAUGUAAAAAAAACUAAGAUUUGGUGUCGUUCUGAAUGUUUUGCCACGUCGCAAAACAAAUUUACGAGCGAUAUAAUUUUGUCGUCUAAUCGAUUUACAUCAUUCUAAAAUACUCAAAUGUAAGGUAUUGCGUUGCAGCCACGUAUGAGAUACAAGUGUUAGUAUAUAAGAACAAUGAAACUGCUGUCAAUUCCAAAUAUAACUUGGAACAUAUGUAUGUCUCAUACAUAAAUAGUAUGAAUACAGUUGGUUAAA